AGACACCGGUUUAUGUUGCUGCAGCGAGUGGAGAGAAAGAAGUGUUCAUUUUGUUGGCAGAGCAAAAUUUUAGUGAAUUCACUGUGACGAGGACGAUGGAAGCACUGUUCUUCAUGCUGCCGUAACUCAAGAGUCUUACCACUUCGCAUUAUAUUUGCUGAAUCUAUAUCCUGAACUAGCCAGCAAGCAUGAUGGAACGGGUACGACUGCAUUGAACAUAUUGGCUACGAAGCCCUUCUCUUUCAGAAGUGGAUCAUCAUACAUGUUUGGUCAAGCAGGCACUACGCCUUUUGUUCCUAUGCAGAUGGUUUAAACAUUUAUCUACUUAUGCAUACCAGCAAUGUAUGUGGAAUCAAGAACUAAUGCAGCUGUCUUCUCUAAGAGAGAAAGGUUUUCAUUGAUCAGCCUUUUACUAGGUAAUGCAUGGUUAGGAGAGAUUGAUGAUGCAAAGCAAAAGCAUAUCCUUGCGUUAAAAUUACCACAAUGAUUGAUAGAGGAAGAAGAUUGGAGCUACUAUGCAGAUAGUGUAACAAAUCCGUUAAUACAGGCAACAAAACUUGGUAUUGAUGAGUUAGUCGUGGAAAUUAUACAAAAAUAUCCUCAAGCUGCAGAAACCUUGGAUGAAGAUGGAAAGAAAAUAUUGCAUAUAGCAGCAGAGAGGAAAAACAGGUUCCUAUUUGAUCACUUUCUGAAAAAAGUAGCUCAUAAGGAUAGGAUGCUUGCAGAUAUCGAUCAACAAGGAAAGACCGUUAUGCAUUUUGCAGCAAGUGUUGGGUCCCCAUAUAGAUUUUCUAUGGGAGAACCAAGUGAAAUGACAGGGGGUAUAAAAGCAGUACUGCUCAUGAUGUGGGGUGUGCUUUGGUUUAAGCUCGUAAAAUACUGUGUCCAUCCACGUUUAUGGAGUCUGAAGAAUUCUGAAGGCCUGACUGCCAAAGAGUUAUUCGAGAGAACCCAUUCAGGUGUCCGUAAAGAAGCAGAGAAAACAAUCAGAGACUUAAGGAAUUCAGUUCUCAUACUGGCUACUCUUCUCAGUACAAUAAACUUUGCUGCAGUUUUUACAGUCCCCGGAGGAUUUGAUGAGAAAACUGGCCUACCUAUUCUCCUCAACACUGACGGUACUAAGUCAGAGUUGUGUAUGUUGAUGUUUUUCUUAGGUGCAACAGCUCUUUUCAAUUCAGUAUUCACCAUGGGCGCUUUGCUUUCGUUUCUUCUCUCCAAGUUUGACUCAGAUGACUUUUAUAUUGCCAUUCCAUUGAAGAUCUGUGGUGUCUAUACUUUUGUGUAUUACUCUGCAGCAAUCACAGUUUUGGCCGGCAUUCAAGCCCUUAAUCUUGAGAAUAUGUUCAUGAACAAAGAUGUCUGGUGGCCAGUGGCGGAGCCACAUAGAGCCGAGGGUGUUCAUCUGAACCCCCUCGGCCGAAAAAAACACUAUUUUUACGAAGUUAAAAUUAUUUUUUAUGUAUAUAUAGUAGAUGUUGAACCCCCUUAGGCUUCUGCGUAUGUUUACUUUUUAUUUUUAUUUUUUUUAUUUUGAACCCCCUCGGCGGAAAUCCUGGCUCCGCCACUGCUGAUGGCUAUGUUUUUUUAUGCUUUGUCUUGCAUUUCUUGGGACCUUAAUAUUUGUAGACAUGUCUUAUCUCGUUUUUUAUUAUAUGUACCAUUUCCUUCGUUAUUCAGUUUCUUACAAGAGGCAAUAUAUGUAAUCUGAAAUACCAUUUGUGAUAUCAUACGGCAGAUAGCCUUUUUGUUUUUCUGCAUAGCCCAUAUGGAUUGUUGUUCUUGUUCUUGACAUUAGUUCGUCAUUUUCUUGUACAACUUUGGCACAGGCAUAGGCCGCCUAGAACUCUGAGAUGUUGUAGGGUUGGU